AUGGAUGAGAUAAAACUUGUUGAAUCUGAUGAUGAAUUAUAGUAUCAGCCUUAGACAUUAAAAAACUAAAAGCAAAAUCAACCAAAGAGUGUUUAGGAGAUGAGAGAGUAGUUUCGAUUGUAAAUUAGGAAGGAGAGAAUAGAGGAGUAAUUGGAGAAGAAAAGAAUGUGGUUUAUACCAAAAUAGAGAUUGUAAAGUUCUUAAUUGAAUUUUUCAAUUAAUAAUUUAUUCAAUGAAUUUAAGAUUGUAUAUGCAUAGAAAGAAAUGAAUGAAAUUUCAUAACAAUUGCAUCUGAUUGCAAAUAUUAUAGAUGAUAGGAAUCGUAUUCAUAGUUUGUAUUUAACAUAAAGGAAUUUCUUAUAAUUCAAAGAUUUAUUAAAUGAUGAAUCCUACUAUAUAGAUACAUAUACAAUAUAUUUGUAAUUGACAUAAGAUGAUGAAUAUUUUUAAUUGCCAAUUGAAGACAUUUAAUGGUCAAUUGAGAGAUCAUUAGAUUUGCUAAUAGAAAAUAAAUAAAUAGAUGAUUUGGCUAAUCUAAUAUUGGGAUAUUUGGGUAAUGUUUCUAGUAAAUUAUAAUAAAUUCAGAAUUAUUUACUUAACAAAAACACUAUUGAUAUCUUAUGUUAAUUAAUGAAAGAUAGUUUAUUGCAUAAUGUUUGUUAUCUUAUUUAAACAAUAUGCAGCAAUAUUCCUGAAUAGUAUAAAUCUUAAUUAAUAGUGAUUUUGAAACAUUUAAAGAUUAAUAAAAGUUAAGAAAUACUAUAAACUUUAUUUAUCAUCAAUAAAUAGUGUGAUUAAUAUGAUAAGGAAAUUAAUUAUUUUGAAAUAUUUCAAUUACUCUUUAAUUAUUUGAAUGAAUAUCUUAUUAAUGAAAAUGAUUUUGAAUCAUUCUAUUCUGCUUUACUUUAAAUGAAAUACUUAUCAGAUUUUCAGUAAUUGUAUUCAAUCUUCCAGCAAUUUAAUAUCUUAGAUAUUAUUAACAAAUUAAUCAAUUAUAAAUAUUAAAAGAUACGUACAGCAGUCUUAUAUAUUUUAUAAAACUUAUGUAAAUAAGGACAUAAUGUGAUUUAAUAGAUAUUUUCAUAAUAGGAAUUAAUUAAAAAACUAAUUAAUAUACUUACAACUGAUAAACCAAUUAAUUAAUCCCUUGUAAUAAGAUCAAUACAACAUAUUCUUAAGUAUGGAAAUUAAUAGGAUUUCACAGUUCUUAUAAACUUGGGUCUUGCCAUACAUUUAAAAUCUACUAUAGAAUCAGCUGAACCUUAUAUUGUUUUAUAAGGAUUGGAAUGUAUAACCUCACUUAUGAAUUAUGGUUUAUCUUUGUAAACUCAAUUAAAUGUUCCAAAUCCUAUUCUAGCAAUACUAUAAUAAAAUUAGCUCAUUUAAGCCAUUGAAGAUUUGUAGUAUCAUCCAAAUAAAGAGAUUUUCGUCCAAUCCCAAAAAUUAAUAACAGAAUUUUUUAGAACUGAAUGA